AUGGCGAAAAAAUUCGAUUUGGAUGACCUUUUUGGAUACGAAACUUUCAAGAUUGUUAAGGUCAAAGAUCGAAGAUUAGGUAUACUUCAUCGAGCAUUUCAACUUGCCAUCUUUAUUUAUAUUCUAUUUAGUAUCUUAAAUUCUCAAUUAUAUCUAAAAAAGGAACCUCCGGUACCUGGCGCAGUUAGAAUAACGCUGCAAGCACCUCCAACAUUUACCAAUCCACCAUAUUGUACAGGAGGGGAAUUGCCUUGCGUUUACUGGGGAGCAGAUGAAAUACAUUUUCCAAAUGACGCAGCAGGUGUAGCAUUUUUUACCACAAGGGCAACUGUAACAAAAUAUACAGCACCUGAAAAUUGUAAUUUCCUUUUGCCAUCAUCACCUGGAGAUCCUUGUAUUUUUAAUGCUAAGACCAGUACUGGUCAAAUUAUAAUGAAUAAAUCCUACAUUGCAGAUAUUGAAAAUUAUACUGUUAUGAUUGAACAUUCUAUUAGAGGAAAAGCUACUUCUAUUUCACUUCGUAAUGGGCUUAUGGAUGGUGAAUUAAUUUCUGCUAUUGAUGGUAAAACGAAAAGAUCAUGGACUAACGCAACUAGAGCUAUAGAAGAUCCAAGAGCCAAUGGUGAUAUUUUAUCAGUGAAGCAAAUUCUUGAAGCCGCAGGAGUUGAUUUAGAAGCUCCUUCGUUUGCUCCUGCUGCUGAAGGGGAAAUAAAUAGAUCAUCCGGUGUCGUCAUUGUAAUCGUGAUAGAUUAUGAAAAUGUUCCAUUCAAGGAAAAUGUGAUUAAAUAUAAAUAUUUACCGCAAGUUAUUGAUGGUGCUGAAUAUAAAGUGACCGAAACCAUUUUUAAUGAUGAUAAUUCUUAUACAAUCAAAGAUCGUCAUGGUAUCCGGUUGGUAUUUCAACAAUAUGGACAAAUUGGUGUAUUUGAUUUUAUGGCUUUAUUGACGAAUUUAGUAGCAGCUCUUGCUUUAUUCAAAGUUGCAACUUUCCUUGUUGAAUUAUUAAUGUUGAAAUUUUUGCCUCAAAAGGACCAAUAUGAACAAUUUAAAUUCGAAAAAACUCUUGAUUUUAGUGAUAUACGUAAAGGUACAAGUGAUAAAGGUUCGGUUAAUAGUGCUUAG